CGUGAUAAUUUGUUGUGUUUUAUUAUAUUUCAAUAUGAUAUGGCAAAUUAAAAAUAAUUGUUUCGUUUAUUGAUAACUCAUCUACUUAAUAGUAAACCAUCAUAAUUAACCGUUACAUAGGAUGAAUUUAACGGAACGACCAGUAAUCAACUGUGAAAUAAGAGAUUAGAAUUAGUGAUAACCAAUAGAAAAUUUUGGAUUGACAUACAUAAAAGAAAUUGGAAAGUUGAGGGACCAAAUGUGCAAUUCACCCGUGAUAAAGUUGUGCCCUUCGCCAGUCUGCAACCUGUUCGUUGCCCUGAAGGGGUUUAAGUUUUCACAGCUAAACCCUUGUCUGUCCCGAGAGAGAUUGAGUCGAACUGUUCACGCUCAAUCAAAUUAUGGCUUUGAGAUCCUCCAUGUCGGCUCUAACAGCCGGUGCCAGCAGCUUACGGCGGAUGUUGUCAACCGCCUCUACCACUUCAUCCAUCUUCUCAACGCUCGCCGCCCCUUCGGCUCGUGAACAAGCCGAUCCCAACGUCAACCUUUUCGUCUCCGGGCUGAGCAAACGAACCACAACGGAAGGCCUUAGGGAUGCUUUCUCCAAGUUCGGUGAUGUGGUUCAUGCUAGAGUUGUCGAAGACAGGGUAUCUGGGCAUUCAAAAGGGUUUGGCUUUGUUAGGUAUGCUACCUUGGAGGAUGCUGCCAAAGCGAUAGAGGGGAUGGAUGGGAUGUAUCUGGACGGAUGGGUUAUAUUUGCGGAAUAUGCAAGACCAAGAGCACCUCCUUCACCACCCAGUAGUAGCAUGGGGCCUGGUAAUGGUGGUUUUGGCUCCACAUAUGGGAACAGCGCGAGCUAUGGUUUUGGCAGUAAUGUGAACCCUGGUUACGGGAAUAACGUUGCAAGUGCUGGCUACGGCAGCAACGUGAACCCUACUGCUUAUGGGAGCAAUCCUAGUUCAGCAUAUGGGAACAAUGCAAAUACGGGCUCUUCAUACGGGACUCAGACUGCUUAUGGAAACAAUCCAAAUUCAGGCUCUUCAUAUGGGAGUCACACUACAUAUGGGAACAAUCCGAAUCCAGGCUAUUCAUACCAGUCUGUAAGCAAUCCAGGCGCUGCUGCUUCAUAUGAGAGUCAGACUUCUUAUGGGCACAAUGCAAAUCCAGGCUCUUCAAAUGGGAAUCAGACUAUGUCUUACGGGAACAAUGCAAAUCCAGGCUCUUCGUACGGGAGUCAGACCACCUACGGGAACAAUGCAAAUCCAGGCUCUUCAUACGAGUCUGGAAGCUACGCAGGCUCUUCGUACGGGAGUCAGACAACUCCAUAUGGAAACAAUGCUCAUGCUCAUGGAAACAUAAGCUCUGGGUUUGAUGGCCCUGGAUACGUUAACACCACAAGUCCUGGGUACGUGAACAACGAAGGCACUGCAAAUUCUGGCAGCGCAAACCCUUCAUAUCGAGAUAAUACCACAGGCUCAGCAGCUUAUGGCAAUGGCGGUGGACCUGCUGCACAGGGUAACAUCACAGGCUUUACUCAUCUUCAGUGAAGCAGAAGGCUCGUCGAUGAAUGAUAUGAAGUUUGCAGUCAACAAAUCACAUUGUGGACUUCGCUCAUGCUGCUGCUGAUACGUUCACCCUAGUUUUCGUUUGUCUAUAUAUUUGUGAACUCUUCUAUCAAGCAACAAUUGUCCGGAACCAAAAGGCUAAUUUGUGAACAUUCAUCUGUGGUUUUCUGGGAAUAAAUUUCGAUUUGUUUCUGUGAAUGAGACUAGAGGGGGUCAUUGGUGAACUGGAUUAUGGAGUCUCUGCGUCCAGGAAGAGGGAUGGGGAAUGAGUCAGAUUAAAGACGUAUCAGUGAU